CUAUUUCACGGUAAGGUACAGGUAGUUCUGUAAGCAUAGACACUCGUACUAAUUGUUCUAUCGUUGGAUCUCUUACUAACCUCAUAAGAUGUCUUCUACUGUUGUAUUAGUUACGGGUGGGAGUGGAUUCCUCGGCCAACAUGUGAUCAAACAUUUACAGCUUCAUUCCUCCAACCUAAAAGAAAUACGUGUUUUAGACCUCGUUCCGUUUAGGAAAAAGCUUGAUUAUAAAGAAUCUUUCCCAGUUCGUUCUUUCAUCGGAAGUAUCACUAACAAGAACCUUGUAAGUGAAGCGUGUAAAGGAACAGAUGCUGUGCUCCAUAUAGCGUCACUAGUCGAUUCCACAUUGUUUCCUAAUGAGAAGGCUUUACAAGAAGUUAACGUUAAAGGCACGGAAGUAGUAUUAGAGGCAUGCAAAGACAACAGUGUUCCGAUUCUUAUAUACUGCAGUUCAAUUUCAAUUUAUGUUGGGCAUGAUGAAGUCAAGAAGGGAACGGAGACAACAGUACCUAUACCACACAAGUUUAUGUUUGAAAAGUAUGCCAAGACAAAGCUUAAAGCUCAAAAUAUGGUGCUAGGCGCCAAUGGAGAUAUUUUGAAGAAUGGAAAAGAGCUAAAGACAUGUGCUAUACUGCCAUUAGCAAUGUAUGGAGAACUAGACAUCAACCUUGUAUACCAGUAUGUAUCGCACGUGAAGGGUACUCUGAUACCACGCAUUCCAAAGCUCGGUAAAAUGGAAGCUGAAAUUCAAGUGUCGUACGUCGGUAAUGUAGCAAUGAUGUUCGUCAAGGCACUGGAAGUCAUGCGCAAAGGGGUAGACAUAGGUGGAGAAUAUUUCUAUGCUGCAGACGACACCCCUCUGCAGACGUUACCAAGUUUGUUACAACCUUACCUAGAUGGAACAGGACAUUCGUUUUCCUCGUGGUAUAUUCCAUUAUGGCUGGUGUUGAUCCUCGUUAUUAUUGUGCAAAUUGUGAUGGGCCUUAUAAGACCGUGGAAAAAAGUAAACACAUAUUUCAACAUAGAAGGAAUACGCUUCCUGAAUAAAACCUUUCACGUGACUUAUGAGAAAGCCACUCGAAUCCUUGGAUACAAACCAAUAUAUAACCUUGAGUCCUCUAUCAACAAUUCAAACGUUUAUUAUAACAGCGUGCUGAACAAAUAACUGGAGUACUUCUGAAGACGUGAACCAACUCACAUCAUGAAUUAUUGAAAGAGAUUAAAUCAAUAGACCAUAUACUGA